UAAACUGCAGGAUACUACAGCCACACCCUAAACAUAUUUGCUUCGCAAGAAAAAUAUUUGUGCACGGCUCUCACACAGGCACUUACACAAAAACUUUCAAGAGGAAGACGUAGUGGACCGCAACGUGUAUCGACUUAGCCUUAAUAAAAAAAGAAAAUAAGGAAAUAACUGCAGCGAUGGCAACGGAAACUUUUUUUGACUUGACAAGCGACCGAGAAAAAUCAUCGAAAUGCCCCAUUAGGCCAAAAUUACUUAAAUUACCGGAUGUUACCACACCACACCGUAGUCGCAAGAAGAUUAAAAUAAAGUCAAAAGAUCGCACGGCGGUUGUCCGUGAUCGCAUCCAUGACGAUCCGGCCUACACAGAAGACAUUAGCCAUCUUGCCAACCCCCAGCGCCGUAGCAGCAUAUCGAGAAAAUCUUCGAGAGAUUAUAAACAUAGUUCCGAUCAUUCUACGCAGCCGGUGGCAAGUAGCAGCUCUUUAGGUAAACGUAGUCAAUUGACAAAGGACUUUUUAAAGUAUGCGAUGAACGCACCCAGCAACAGCGGAGCAGUGAGCAAAAACUUUGAUUCCAGUAGUUCGGAUAACGAGCAAGCGAGGCUAUUCAAGGAUGGUAGCGCACCAAGGCGUGCUUUAAGCCUGGAGCAAAGUUUAGCAGUUAAUGCGGCCGAGAAGAAUGAUGAGAAAUCGGCCACUCAAAAACGCAGCUCUAAGCAAAAGCGAAAUCUGAGCCUUGAUAAUAAUCGGAUGGGAACCCAGCCACAUUUACAGCAUAUCCCAGCUAAAAGCAUACAGAGUUACGAGGCAGAAACACUGAAUCGGAAGGAACACAAUCGGAAUAAAUACUUGGAAACAGAAAGUAAAGUUGGUCGGGGGACUAGCGAUCAGGAUGAGCUCUUCUCGGUACAUAGCUCGGCACAGAACUCGGCGGCCACGUUACCCAUAGAAGCGAAUGUAAAGUUGCCAAUCGGGCGACGUCUUUUAAGAGGCGAAAUUGGUAUCAAAAGCUUUAACUACUACCUCCUGAAGGAGGGCUUAAAAAGUUCCAAGAAGCUUGAUAAGCAACGCAAUACAGGUGAUAAAACCGGCAAUACUGUCAAGAAAUUACAUACUCGCAGCGAGGAGAACAUUUAUGAAGAGAUAUUCUUUAGGGAUACGCCAAUCUCAAUUAAUCCAAAAAAUAACGCACCAAUAACAGCUGGAACUGUGCAACCCGAUGAGGAUAUCGAAAGGCAGCACCAUAGCUUGCCAGAUUCGGUCAUUUUUGCUGAUUGUGAGCUCUGCAUGCAGCAAUGCAGAAAAGACAAUUGCAAGUUUUGUCUUGUCCAAGGUGAGUCGAUGGCAAAUAGUCAGCUGCAUAAAGACAAUGGCAGCGAUAAGCAGACAAGCACAGAAGGCGGAUUGCCGGCUGCCCAUAUACUUGAAUUUCAGUCGUACAAUCCAAGCAAUCCGGGCGUGUAUAAAAUUGAAACGACGCCCGUGGCAAUAACGGGCGAAUACAAUCCAAUAUUGCAAUUCCAGAAAUCGUCUGCGAAAACAUCCACAGCUGCCACGAUAGCGUUCUGCGAGCAGCAGCAUAAUAACCAUCGCAAUCACCAACAACAAGUUCAGCAACAGAUGCAGCUACCAGCUUACAGAGGAUUUAAUAAACACCAGGAACAUUCCAAGUCUUACCAGCAUAACGUAGCAAGUCAUCCCCUUGCGAAUCACUACAACGUAGGCGGUAGCCUGUUGCUGGCACAGCUGACAGCAGGUCAACCGCAGCCGCACCUGCAACAGGAUUAUAUUGUCGGCUACAAAAAUGGUAGUGUUGCGCCGACAGCUUCAUCCGUGCAUCAUAUCAAUACGAAGUCUUCCUCGUCUAAUGACUCGCUGCCCUAUCACAAAUAUAACACAAUGCCACUACUAGAAACGAAUGUAUUUGCAGUACCGGGCACCGCUGACAUAUGCUAUGCCAUAGGAGGCGUAGGGGCGCCAUCGCUGCAUCCUUUAAUGUGUGCGGCCAGUAGACCUAUUGGUGGCUCGCAAAUUUUGGUCGAUCAAUUUGAAUCGCAUAUGUACAAGAGCGACUCGAAGGCUUCCAUCCUGAGUGAGUUUUCUCUUCGCAGCAGCGAUAAUUCACAGCGGUACUCGCGCUACCCGCAUCACUCCAGCCUCUUUUCCUCGCACACUCCUCGCACAAAUCAGCGUCGACUCUUUGGCAGCUCGGAGAACUGUCGGGUUGUCUAUGACUGUAGACGCUGCAGCUUUGACGGCGUCAUGAGUGCUGGUGGAGUCGGAGUGAUCCCGGUUGAUAAAUGCAGCAACAUGGAUAACUGCCGUAACUGCGACUGCUCAUCGAGCUAUGUCAGUUCCGACUUUGAUGAUAUUUAUGGCUCGACGGCGCGUGGUGGCAGCAGUGGCAUUCCGCGUAAAACGGCGGCAGGUACGUUGCCAUCCAGUGGACCGACAGAUCCAACUAGCUACAAGGCACCGACGCCUGAGCUCGACCUCAAACAGAACAAAUAUGCCAUGGACUUCUUCAAGCAUGUCAAUGAUGUAAAGCGCAGCAUUUACCAGUCCGAAAUGCAGCGUAAUAUAAGUUUGGAGUCAACACGUCGUGGACAUCGAACCAGUACCAACAAUAAUUCCAAUUUAAGUCCUAAGACCAAAGCCUCAUAUCCUCUGGAAGCGACAUUUAUUGUGACUACAUUACCACUUAGCAAAGGGCGUGCCAUGACAGCAAAGCCCACGCCGGCGCCCAGAAACAGCCUUAAAAAUCAGUCACAAAAGCAGACACCGGAGGAAGAUACGCAGCAGAGAGAAAGCAGACACACACAAAGUAAUCGUAAGCAGCAUCCUAGAGAAAUACAUGAAUAUCCUUCAUUGGAUCGACUAGUAGCCUCCACAACUGGUGCUACACCAAAGUGGCAAUGCCGCGCAACGUCGGAGGAAGGGCCUAAAGGCAACAAACAAAGGACCAUACAAAAAGAAGCAGAGCUUAAAGAGCGACAUGAACGAAAUGCACCUACAGCUUCCUUUGAGCCAAUUGCGUCAUCUACAGUGGGUACCUCAGGUAAGAAACAUCAUCGCUCGAAUAGCGGUAACCCAGCGUUAACCAUACGUCGCAAGGAUAUACCCGCGCCACCGCCACCCUCGCCAGCCACUUACUCAGAUCUGCAAGAAUUGAAGGCCAAUAUGGAGGGACUUCGGGACGACACCAAGUCACGCUCUUUAGAGAGUGAAGCCAGCGAAGCUCCCACAACUACAGGGCAAGCGACUGUUAAUGUAGUUGAAGCAACUGUAAAACGCACAGAAGCCGCUGUAUUAACAGACGCGGCUGAAAGUAAGCCAACUAUAUUGGCACUGACAGCGGAAGAGACCGGAAAGAACAAUGCAACAACGGUGGCAAGCAAAACGGCACCGGAAGUGGAUGAAGAUGAUGUUUUCUACGAUGCACGCAGCGAAAACUCGAUAGGCAGCCUAAGUUUCCCACCUUCAGCGGAAGGGGCUCUACAAUUAGCGAAUUCUGGUCAAAAGAAAAAGGAAGUGUUCUUAAUACAGCUAGAACUGGAUAAGUGUGGCGUAUUUGCACAAUCGGUAGGUACAAACCUGACAACGGAUAAGAACAAGCAGCAAGGUUACCUCAAGGAAGAGAACUCGUUACCAAGUACAACGUUGGAUGCAACUGUAUCGAAUCAACCGUUACCAAAUAAUGCCAAUGUUGCCGGGGUCAAAAGUAAAACAUCAGCAGAGGCUAGCAUCAAUAAAAGUAUCUAUACAUGUUGCCAAACUGAAGCAACAGCCAGUAGUCAGCGCAACGAAGUAACAGUCAAAACAAACACCGAAGUAGCGAGCACAACAAAACGCAAUAAUAAGACAAGCAUAUCUGAGGUAACAACCAGAAAUGUUGACGCAACCAUAGCGGAGGGGCAAGCAACCAGUUUGAUGGCAACAAAUGUUGCCCACGACGAUUCAACAAUCAUUGGAGCAACAUUGGAGCUCGAGUUCAGUUGCAAUUCAGCACACACGGACAGCGCAACGCUUGCAAACAGUGAUCCGUCUACAGUGACUACUGAAAUAGUAGCAACAUGCCAGGAUAUCACCUGUCUCGACUCUAGUGAGGCAUUUUCGGAUGAUAGUCACCUGACACGUGACUCGGUUACGCGUGAAUCGCAAAACGACGAACUUUCAUCAUCGACGCACGACAAGAUCGAUCUUAAUACCUUACCACUUCCCGCUCUACCGACCAAACGAAGACGCACACGAUUACGCGCCAGUCCCUCAAAGAAUCAUCACCAACAGCAACUGCGCUUAGGAAACAGUCAAUAUGAAGAUGUGGCAGAAAGGGCGCCACAUCGAAAUAAAAAACCACAAAGGUACUCAGUCCAGGAAACGAUAAACACUGAGCAACUGAAUGUGCCACACGAUAACGCAACACUGCAACAGAAUCAGCAGCAGCAACACCUCUCCGCAUUUCAGAUAUACGUUGCCAAGCGACGUGAAAGUCUCGAAGCAUCGUCUCGUAAUUUUAACGAGAAACUGGAGGCGCGUAGAAUGCUCUGCCAUAUGGGUGGUAAUGGCGGCACAAGUAGUUCACCCGCUACUGCAGCAACGGAUGCUGGAGUGCCUACAUAUAUAUUUGGUGAGAAUUCCUAUGGAAUAUCUGGUGCUACGCAAAAACCUUAUUCACCAGCCGGCAAUAAAGAGGAAAUCUUUCUUAACAAGUCUGGCUGGGUACAAGUGAGCAAAAAGCUGAAUAUGAACAAUGAUAACAAAAACCGAAGUGUAAAUAAAAGUCAUCAUAAUGGAAGAGCUAUUGAAAUGGAUAAGGAUCAUGGGCGUAAAGCUAUACGCGUUAUAAAAAUUGAUCAAGCACACCGUCAAGAGCAAACCCGGCAAACAUUUGCACAAAAUUCGGCAAGCCGGUGUGAUCGGGAACUCAAAUUCGGUAGAUCCAAGGUUGAGGAGUUAAUUCAGCGCAAUGAAGCAGAAAUGGGUGGGAUAUCCCCAAGAGAUUCAGCUCUGCGUCCGGGCUAUCGAAUUGUGGAUCCCCAAUUGGCAAGCAUAUUCAAUGAGCGUCCCGCCUUUCUGCCCGUUUCUGAUCUGGAUUCACCGCCACCCACAACCCCUAUUCUUUCGCCACCGCUCGCUUUUCAGGAUAACAGCAGCAACUACAAUCGCACAAAUCGACAUCAGGACCGACGCAAGAUUGACCUCAAGUCGUAUGUACCUACUCAGCAAUUACGGGUACUUCAGAGCCCGAUGCAAAUGCAACAGCAGUUGGGACAUGGCACUGGCACCGGCAGUGGCAAGGGCAUGGUCUUUUCGCGCAGCUUUGAGUAUGACAUUCGUCGACCCACACCCACAAACAGAUACGUGGAGACAUUUUCGCGCAGCUUUGAUGACAACCUGUCGGAACGACCCGUAGUCAUGCCGUCGUUGGCAGUGCAGCGCGAACGCUCCCUCAACUUUAGUACACUAACUGGUAAUUCGCCAAAUUACUUAACGAAGCGAGAAGCCGGUAGUGCAGGCCAAUCGCUGCGCAGCCGAGAAAACUCUCCAAAAUACCUUCAGCCGCAAACCACUGCUUACCUUAAUGCGUCUGUGAAGGAAGCACCACCGACCUACAGCGUAGCUAGCAACAAUAUGGCAAAGUAUUCGCCGCGCUCCCGUCAUGACCGCGCCUUUGAGCGCUCCAAUGUAAUGGGACGUUCCCGGAAGUCACAAUUCAGCUGCAUGCGUAACAGUGGUUCAGGUGGCCCUCCGCUUAUCGUCCCAGGAAUGUCGCGUUUUCGCAGCCUCGAUAUCACCAUCAAUAAUCGUCUUAACUCUUGCGACAGCGGUGCCCGAUCAGAUCUUUCCAACGACGAACUUGAUAACGAAGAGGGCAGCUCUACGGAUUUCCUUUUAAAUAACUAUCAGCUCCCUAAUGUGGCCACGGGAAGCGCUAAUGUUUCACCAUUUAAGUCUCAGCGUCAGCGAUCUCUAACACCUGACCGAAACGACUCGCACAGCUCUUCAAGCAGUUUGCGAAAACAGCGUUCUCUCACGCCGGACUCCCGCUCUCUGACUCCAGAAGAAAGACGAAAAAAGGGCUCUCAGAUAUCCUUGAUUGGUUCCCGGCAGAGCUCCAGCUCCCGCAGCAAUACGUUAGACCGACGACAGCGUCAUGAUGAUAAGACUCCACCAACCAUUUCACGCAGCUCUUCUAGUUCCAGCUACAGCGGCGGCGAACCGCAUGAUCUAUUGAACGGCAGUCCCAACACUGGUAGCGCUUCUAUUGGUGCAUCUUGUGCGACCAAUUAUCGCUGUUCGAUGGGACGCACUGUAACCAAAAAGGUAGAGCAGGAACAUCUCAUUAGACGCUCCAGUAGAUCCCUUCAACUCAGCGAGCGGUCACCAAAUCGCACGCAAAACUCGAUAGUAUGUAUGAGUGGUGUAUCCCCACUGCAAAAGCAACAGGCAACGGUUCAUUAUCAGCAAGCAAGUACUGGCGUCUUUCCAAACUCCCUACGUGCCACAGUAUCCGUCAACAAAGUAUUGCCCAGUUCAAAGGGAACGACGGGCAACUCAGCUCGACAGCGUCAGGUCGACGUGGACAAGGCACGUUCCUUUGAUUUUGACUACAACAAUUACAAUCGAAGUGGUGCCACCAGCGGUGCCACACGUUCCGCCCAUACCAGUAGCGGUGGUGGUGGUGGUGACAGCGGCAACAAUCAGAAUUUACGCUCGGAUUGUGACAAAAGCCGGUCUUUUGAUGACGACUACCGCGAAGCACUGCACAACAACAAUGGCAUUAGUAGCUCUGGCAUUCACUUUUUUCAACCAGGCAAUGAACCGAAUGCUGCUGUAGCAUCGUCCACCCGGUUGCGCCAGUCUAACUCUCCAGGGGGUGGAGCGGGCCAUGAUCACACGCCGACACGUUCACCACAAUCUUCAGGUUCAUCGUCCAACAACAUCCACCUAACAUCGCAAUGCACGAGCAGCCCCCCCGGAAAAAGCUAUGGUAUGCGCCUGUGUGACCAUGAACUAUCCUACGAUAUGCUGAGAAAGUCACCGAUCAUGAAUUUCCGACGUGGGGACAGCGAAUACGAGAUCCCCGUGCUGCUGCGUAACCGCGAAACUAUCAACUCCGGAGGCAACAGUGAACUUAACUUUAUGAGCAACGAAACGCAUAUUUACGAGCACCCAACGACUGUGCUUAAGCCGCAGCAUUCAGGCUCACGUGAAGAGCAUUUGUACAGGGCGACAGGUGGGCAGCCGCGCAGCAGCAGUCCUGAACCGCAAGCCGCAAGAACAGCUACCAACAAAAAAUGCAGAAAAGGUCUAACAUCUUGUGAUUAUUGGCCACGUUGUGGUGCAUGCAGGAGCACAAGCUCUAGUAACUUACAGGAUCUUGCAUCUUUGGGUCAGGGCGCAAUCAGAAGACAAGAUUCAUUGCCCGUUGUUACUCAAGAUGUGCAACAGCCACAUAUUUCAAAGGUGGCCUUAAAGGGGAAUUUCAUUAAACUCGACAUAAGUGAAACAGCAACAAUAAUGUCCCCUAACCAGGCCGGUAUACCGCAGUGGAUGUUCCUUUGUAGCGGGGGCAUUAAUAGAAAAGCUGAAAUCAAUCCUCAUGACUUAAAAACCACCAAUAGAGAUCGUCAACAGCCAACUGCUGUUAUUCGGCCUCGUGUCGUUCCCUUGACCGCCAGUUCACUUGUACUUGUGGGAAAUUCCGAUCUUGUUACCGGAACACAAACUACUGAUGUCAAAGAAUAUCAGCAGUCCAAUCAUGUGCCUACGGAAACUCUACAAAGCACCAUGAAAAAUAUCUUAGAAAAUACAGACCACAGUGAGAUGCCAAAUCAAGAACACCAAUUGAUGAUGAGCCGUAAUAAACGGAAACUGCCACGAUGCAAUUCACUUCCGGUCAGAAUUUCAGCCUCACCGAAUCUGCAACCAGUGGAAACUAUUGUAAGAUUGCCAAAAAGUGGAAAGGAUAAUGUCAGCAUAAUUGGUAUUCACUGUAGCGGAAACAGCGAGUGCUUGUCGCAACAGAUGCGUUCCAUUUCGAGUCCAGCACUUACAGGCUCGGUAAUAUCGCCAAAGUACCUCCAAAAUAAAUUUGCGGAAGCUCGUGAGCUAACAAAGGAUGCAUCUGUUACAACUAAAACCAGUUUUGACUGCGGUAUAGUUGAAGAGAGACACACUAGUCUGGGCGUCUUACAGAAAUUUAAACGCACAUUACAUUACUUAAAUAAUAGAAAUCAAUUGCAAGUUACGCCCUUGCACACAGGGGCAAUCGCCAACGCGGACUCAAAGCCAAUGCCUAUAAGUCCGAUGGUCUCCAUUACAGCACCUGCGCCAGCUGAAGACAAUAAGAUUGACACAACAGACAACUAUGGCGUAGAUACAAGCUCCGCCAAAUACCGAUUUGGACCGUUAAUUUGGCGCACAUCAAAGGAACGUAGAAAGACAAAAUGUAAUCGCCGCGACAAGUGCAAUUCUGGUGACUCCGGUAUUCAAAUCGAGCCAGAGCUGGAUGAACAGUAUAUGCGCACUCUGUCGUGCGGGCAGCCACGAGCAGCCAGUGCCCUGACCAACCCGUCGAGUGCCAUGGACCCAAAGGCACGUACCAUACGCCGUUGUCAUUCUGCCAAAACAAGCACCAUAAUGGAACAAGCGGCUGUAAAACCCCCGGUGAAAAAUCAUCUUAAUAUAGGCAACAUUUGCAAUAUAGAACGCGAAGCACCCGAGUCUUUACCUAUGCGCUCCCUCAGUCAACCCAGUGGUUUAGAAAUAUAUGGGAAAUGCAGAACCGAUAUAGAGGACAGCGAUAGUGACAGCAUUGCGCCACAUGAGGAAGCAAACAACUACUGUCCCAUUUAUGCGGAAGUGCUCUACAACUUUACCGCGGCUGGGCCCCAAGAGCUGGGUCUGGAGCGGGGUAAUUUAAUCGAGAUAUUGCGGAAGGAAGUAGGCCCCUGGUGGUUUGGACGCAUUAAAAAGGAGGAUGUUAGUCUUGUAGAAGAUAUUCAUGAUCCUGAACUUGGCUGGUUUCCCAAAGAAUUUGUGCGCAUAAUUCACAACUGUGAAAUAAAUGCUCUGCUAAAUAUGCGAAAGACGAAGAGAGAUGAUGUAUCUUUUCCUGCAGCAGUUACAGACAUCCAAAUUCCAGUGCCCGUUAGUGAACUAAACACCAGCGAUAACAGUACUAAUUUCAUGAUUCUGGAUCAGAGUAACAUCACAACUAUAGUCAUUGAAUUACCCUCAUCAACUGUCCUCACGUUACCACCGCGCAUUAGUAAGCAACAGGACAGUUACGAUAUAAUGCAGCACGGUGCUGUUCGUGAGCUCCUCGAAACUGAAAUUAAUUACGUAAAGCUUCUCGCUUCGAUUUGCGAUGGGUUUUUGCCUGCCAUGAGCAAACGCAUUGAUAUAUUUUCUCCCAACAGCAUACGACUUAUAUUUUCCAAUAUAACAGCCAUUUACAAGUUUCAGCGAAAGUUUCUGGAAGCACUGCGCAACGGCAUUGAACAGAACCAAGUAUCUAAAGUAUUUCUAAAAAUGCAUAAAGAAUUCCUCUGCUACUCCACAUACUGUAAUGCUUAUCCACGUGCACUUAUUGAACUCGAAUCUUACGAACGCAGUAAAGACGCACGCACCAUUUUAGAGAACUGCCGUGAAUCCGAGAACUUAGCCGAACUACCCCUAUCUGCGCAUCUCCUGGCGCCAGUGCAACGCAUUUGCCGUUAUCCACUGCAUCUUAACGAACUUAUUAAGACUGCUUUUAGCAGUAACAUUGCUGACGAUGCAAAUGAGGUUGUUGUCCAAACGGAUAUCUUAGACUAUGAACAAAUCAAUCUAUCUCAGCAUGAUGUGCCUGAUACUCGUAACACCGUUAAUUUGGCGCUGAAAAAGAUGCGCGGUAUCACAGAGGCUGUAAAUGAAGGAAAACGUCACAGUGAGACCAUUGCACGGCAUCAGUCAAGCUUUCAAAAUUUUAGAGGACCACCGCUACACCUGCACAGUACACGGUUUUUCAUUCAAGUAGACGCAACGCGCCAAAAGCAGAACCUCUGGAAUAGCAGCUGUACACUGUUCCUUUUCGAUAACCAACUGAUUUACUGCAAACGAGAUAUUAUCAAGCGCAGCCAGUUCAUCUACAAGGGACGAAUCUUUUUGGAUCGUUGUCGCAUUGUUAACGUGCGGGAUGGAAAACUGUUUGGUCAUACAAUUAAAAACUCACUUCGGAUCUACUGCGAAUCGCGGGGCAAGUGGUACGACUUUAGCUUCCGCUCGGCUAACCGUAAGCAUCGCUUUCUUAAUACGCUUGCUCUGGAGCGACAGUUUGUGGGCAACGCACUAUGCGUGUCCGAGAUGACUGGGUUUGAGUACAACUAUGGGGAACGGCCGGGUUACUAUUCUGACCAAUCGGAAUACGAGUUGCCAGAAUGCGAGCUUGUACAGGGCAACACAUCGGCAAGUGGCGACAGUUCAGUACCCGAAUCACCGUCCAAGUCAUCAUACCGAUCUUGCGAUACCUUGCCCAAAAAAUCACGGUCGCGCGACGCUAUAGUCAGUACUAGUAAUGGCUCCGGUCAUAUGUCAACUGGCUCGCUGGGCCGUCGCCGUUUAGGAAACUGGUUCCGGAAGCCAAAGAGUUCCAACUGUACGCCUAGCCAGUCACCUACGCACAAACCGAACUUCAAUGCGGAUUUAACGUUAACGGCCGCACGUGUUGCUGCAAUUGAAAUGGUUAGAGCCGCCCAACAAGAGGCAGAAAGUUCGUUUGCUUAGUUAUCCUCUUAUUUAUAAUUUUAAAGAAAACAAAUCGCAACACUCAAUAAUUGAAAGCAACCUAUUUGCUCUUAUUAUGAUAAAAGAAUGUUAAUAAAUAUACUGACACAGAAGCAUAUAUUUUAACAGUCAACUA